CGCUCAUAUGAUCCUACCCUCGUAUACAGACACAGAACAGAUUAUUCCCUCCAUGUAACUGCUUAUAUUUCCGUCAACUUCUCUGUUGUCGUUAUCCCGAAGCUCACCGCGAUGCACUUUAGCGCUUUCCUUAUAUUAACGCCCCCAAUCCUUCCUUCUGAAUCCUUCCAAUCCUCCAAAACCAAAAAUCCUCCUUUUUUCCUCGUCACCCUGCGUACGCCCCAUCGUUUAUAAAUCCUCGAUUAAAAAAAAUGCUCCGAAGACAUCGCAAAGCGAGCAUUGCAUUCGCCUACCUUAAUGUCUGUCUCCCUCCCCCCCUCUUUCUCUCCUUUCUCAACAAUACGACAAGAAUAAAUCUCAUGCCGAGAUUCGAUGCUACGCCGUGCCCUAACCCCCCAAGAAACGUGGCCAACGUGGCGGCAUUAGAAUUUAUUAUUAACCACUUGGCCUUGGGACUUGCUUUCGGGGGCGGUUACGCCCCAGAUGUACGUCCGGAGACGGGUUAUGUAUGUAGGUGGGGUAAGUGA